CAUCCUCGACCUUCCACCAUCGCAUCCUACCGUUCCUCUCCUUGCCCCGUACAAGUCAAAUCAUAAUACGAAAGGGUCGUCAAGAUAUUCGUUAACCCAGAAUACACACAUACCUUCACUCAGACAAGCCUUCCCUUCUCGCCUCCGAGAUCAUGAAGUUCACCCUCCCCCUUACCCUCCUGUCCGUGGCCACCUCCGUCGAGGGCGCCGCCGUGCAGGAGGCCGACAAGCGCUGGUGCUCGACCCCGGGCCAAGCCUGCGACACCGUCAAGCGCGCCGCCGAUGCCUUUGCCGCGGCGCUCAAGCCGGCCCCCGGUAUCGCCGCCCGCGACGACUCCUCGAGCGAGACCGCCAACGUCGCCCGGCGCCAGCUCAACGAGCUGGCCCUCGCCAUCGCCGCCAGCCAGGGCAACCCGUCGGCCUACUACAGCGGCCUUCACUUCCCCUACCCCAUCACGGGCCCGACCACUACCACCGCCACCUCGGACGAGGAAGGAGGGUCGAAGAAGCGCGAGGCGGAGCCCUGGUGCACCCAGUUCCUCGGCCAGCCGUGCUGGAAGAAGCGCGCCACCCCGAUCACCCAGGAGCAGGAGUCCAAGAAGCGCGAGGCGGAGCCCUGGUGCACUCAGUUCCUUGGCCAGCCGUGCUGGAAGAAGCGCUCCGACGGCUCCGACGAGGUCGAGACCGAGAAGCGCGAGGCCGAGGCCGAGGCCGAGCCCCAAGGGUGGUGCCAUCAGUUCCUGGGCAUGCCCUGCUGGAAGCGCUCCACGGAGUCGUCCGGCCUUGCCGCGCGCGAGGCGCAGAGCUGGUGCCAGCAGUUCCUGGGCAUGCCGUGCUGGAAGCGCGACGCGCCGGCCGAGGACAAGCGCAUGGCGGACCCCAUGUGCAGCAACUUCGUCGGCCACUCGUGCUACAAGCGUGACGGCUCGUCGGCCGCCGCCGAGGAGCACAAGCGCUGCACCGAGCAGGGCGGCUCGUGCUGGCAGGCCAAGCGCGCCGCCGCCGCCGUCAUCAACACCAUCGACGCCGGCAACGCCCAGCGCGUCAAGCGCGAGGCCGACCCCCAGUGGUGCCGACAGUUCCUCGGCCAGCCGUGCUGGAAGCGCGCUGCCGAGGCCGAGGCGUCUUGCUACACGCCCGACGGCAUGUGCACCAAGGCCACCCGCGACCUCCACGCCAUGUACAACGUCGCCCGCACCAUCAUCGAGGCCUAAAAUGGCCGACCCCCCCUUUUUUCCCUUCGCACUGCUUUUCUCUCCCUCUUUCUCGGGGCCAGCUUCGAAUGAUCUAUAAAAGGGAGUAAGAAUGGACGGCGUGGAUGGCGUCGACGACUCUGCUUCGCGGGUGUAUAUUGGCACAUAGACAGCAGCACCUAUCCCGCACGCAAGAAAAACAACCCAAGCAAAAGCAUCACCA